GCUGCGGUCCCUUCUCCGGCUGUCUGCCUGCCUGCCUGCCUUAUUUGCACAAGCCGAGAUGGGAGUGAAGAACUUCUUCAGGUUCUGUCCCAAAGGCUCUUUCCUCCGCCUGAGCCAGAAAUACCAGCCCUUGGGCAGCAGGGACCUGGAAGGAGAGCCUGAAGACGAAUCGGCGCUAAAAGCAGUGGAGCGAGAGAAAGAUAUAACAGCCCUCCCUCCCAAAGAAGCGUGCAAAUGCCAAAUAGAUGACUUGGCAAAAAUAUUCCAGGUAGAUUUAGAAAGGGGUCUAUCUGAAAUUUCGGUGCUCCAACGUAGAGUCAAGCAUGGCUGGAAUGAAUUUGUGGUAGACAACACAGAACCGAUCUGGAAGAAAUAUCUAGACCAGUUCAAGAACCCACUCAUCCUUCUGCUGUUGGCCUCUGCUUUAGUCAGUGUUAUUACUAAAGAAUAUGAAGAUGCCGUCAGCAUCACCAUGUUCAAGAACCCACUCAUCCUUCUGCUGUUGGCCUCUGCUUUAGUCAGUGUUAUUACUAAAGAAUAUGAAGAUGCCGUCAGCAUCACCAUGGUAUGUGAUUUCCUCCUGUUACAAAUUUAG